GGAAGAUGGCGGAGCGAGCGGCGACGGGCGGUGGGCAGUGAGCGGCGCCUUGGGGCAGCUCUCGCUCCCGCACACCAACCGCGAAGAGUGCCAGGCACCGGAGUCGGAGCCGGGCCGGCAGGGCCGGGCCGCAACACACCCCACCCCACCCCACCAAUGGCGAGAACCACCAGUCAGAUGUAUGAUGUUCCCAUUCAGUCGAGUGUAGUCCUUUGCUCUUGCCCAUCUCCAUCCAUGGUAAGGAAUCAACCAGACUCCAGCGUGCGACCAUCAGUCUCUGGUGCCACCAUGGACAGCAGUGCAGGUGAUACUGGCCCAGUGGUGGGCUCUUUACCAGGGCAACGGCAGCAAGCUGUGGUACAGACCCAGAGGCAGCCGGCAUCUGGCCACACUCAGCAACCACGGAAAAAGCGGCCGGAAGAUUUCAAGUUUGGCAAAAUUCUUGGCGAGGGAGCAUUCUCAACAGUUGUGUUGGCUCGUGAACAAUCAACUGGUAAAGAAUAUGCUACAAAAAUUCUGGAAAAACGUCAUAUCAUUAAGGAGAACAAGGUACCAUACGUGACCAGAGAGAGGGAUAUCAUGUCUCGGCUGGAUCACCCCUUCUUCGUAAAGCUUUACUUCACGUUUCAGGAUGAGGAGAAGCUCUAUUUUGGCCUUAGUUACGCUAAAAAUGGAGAGCUACUUAAAUACAUUCGUAAGCAGGGUUCUUUUGAUGAGAACUGCACACGAUUUUAUUCUGCUGAAAUUGUGUCGGCGCUAGAGUACUUGCAUGAGAUCGGGAUUAUACAUAGGGACCUUAAACCAGAGAACAUUUUACUGAGCGAGGAUAUGCACAUACGGAUUACAGACUUUGGAACAGCAAAAGUAUUAUCUUCAGAUAAUAAGAAAGUACGAGCAAAUUCCUUUGUGGGGACAGCGCAGUACGUUUCACCAGAGCUUUUGACAGAUAAAUCUGCUUGCAAAAGCUCUGACCUCUGGGCUCUUGGCUGCAUCAUAUACCAAUUGGUAGCUGGAUUGCCACCUUUCAGAGCAGGGAACGAAUAUCUAAUUUUCCAAAAAAUAAUUAAAUUGGAAUAUGAUUUCCCGGAAAAGUUUUUCCCAAAAGCAAAAGAUUUAGUACAGAAGCUUCUGGUGUCUGAACACACAAAGCGCCUUGGCUGUGAAGAGAUGGGGGGUUAUGGACACCUUAAAGCCCAUCCGUUCUUUGAACCUAUAGUUUGGGAAAACCUGCACCUUCAGACACCCCCGAAACUCACCGCUUAUCUCCCAGCAAUGUCUGAGGAUGAAGAAGAGUGCUAUGGCAAUUAUGAUGACCUCCUCAGCCAGUUUGGCUGCAUGCAAGUGGCUCCCUCUGGCUCAUUGCACUCGCUGUCUUCCCCUGAGCCCAGCCCACCCCAGAGGUUAUGCAGUAACAUCGAGCAAUAUGUCCAUGAUCUUAACGACACUUCAUUCGAGUUGGAUCUUCAGUUUACAGACGAAGACAAGCGCCUUCUGCUUGAAAAACAAGCCAACAGAAAUCCCUGGCACCAAUUUGUAGAAAAUAAUUUAAUCCUGAAGAUGGGUCCAGUUGACAAGAGGAAGGGCCUGUUUGCCCGGCGUCGGCAGCUGUUGCUCACCGAAGGCCCUCACCUCUAUUACGUGGAUCCUGUCAACAAGAUUCUGAAAGGGGAGAUUCCAUGGUCACUGGAGCUGCGUCCAGAAGCCAAGAACUUCAAAACGUUUUUUGUUCAUACUCCUAACCGGACAUAUUACUUAAUGGACCCCAGUGGAAAUGCCCACAAAUGGUGCAAAAAGAUCCAGGAAGUGUGGCGGAGGCAGUACCAGAACCAGCAGAAUACUAGCAUCUAGCAGAGUACAACUCAAAUGUAUGGAGAAGCUUCCUCUCAACGUUGUCAGAGCUCUGGAGUUGAGCACUGUAACACAGCAAUGAAAGCCUCCCUAUUCCCCUCUCUCUUCCCUCCCCUCCCCCUCCCCCCGCGCCUCUCUUUAAAAAAAAAACACAGCCUGUGGCAUCCAGAAAAUAAAAUUGCUGUAUUUGUGUGUGUUGGGGUUAGGGGGGUGCCUGCAUCUCUCCCAUCUCUUUUCCAAGUAAAUGUAAAUGGGAUUGCGGGUAGCUUUGCCUGCUCUCUGUGCUGCAGGCUUAUCAUAUCACAAAUAGAAGACCCUUUGCCUAUCUCCGUGUAAUGUCUGCUCUCGUUCCAGCUUCCAGAUUUUAGAUGAACGCACAUUUAUAAACCGCUUCAUAGGCAGAUGGCAAAUCAAUCUAUGUAUUCCCCUAAACCCUCAUUCCAGUUCCAUGUAGCCCUCUGUCAACCCGGGGUCCCACCUUAUUAUCUUUUUGUUUGUUUGACUUUAUUUAAGAGCUGUGUGAUUUCCACUUAUACUCUUGCUUUCAUCUGGCCUCUGACACCUGCUGAUUCGCUUCCUCUCAAGGCAAAGGUAUAUAGUGGUAUUGAGGAAUUAGUGUGCGUAGAAACACAUUCAAACACACAAGGAAACCCCUUAUUUAUGCGCUGACUUAUUCUGAGUGAAACUGGUAUUAAUGGAAUUUGUAGAGCCCUUUCUCACCUCUCUUCACGGGUGAUCAAGAUAUGUUCUCGAAACAGAAGAUGAAGUUUUGUCAUUAAUUGACCUGUCCAUAUCGAGCCAGUCUGUGUGGUGAGAUAAGAGUUCUGUACAUGGUAGUUUUAUGUAAUUACCCCUUCUGGUUCAGUUCUACAGGAGGCUGCUGUUAAGUUGUUGCUCUUCACCAAAAGGAUUGGUCUUGGGCAGUCGCUGCAUUUUGCUUGGCUGAAGAUAUUAAUCUGAACGAGCUGGAAUCGUCACUGUGCGAGACACUGAAUUAACGCCUGCUUAAGCCAGCAAGUUACGUUGCUCCUCUCCUCUCCCCGCCCCCCCUCC